UCAGAAUAGAUCAAUAGACUUCGUUGUUCCAAAUAUCACAACAGCUGUAACAUCUUUACCCAGUCCAGUGGAUACUGUAUCAUUAUCAUCCGGAUCUUCACCAGAUGUAUCUUUAUGGGCACGAUUGGCUCUGUUGGAAGGAGGAGGACUCCCAGGUACUUCUUUACUCGGUGGUCUUAAUCCCGAAUUGUAUAAAGUUGGACUGGAGGAACCGGAAGAAGAAAUAUAUUUUCCGGAUGGUAACAAGGGACGUAUAUGGUUCGGUGUGGAGUAUGAUGCUUCCUCAGAACGUCUAGUAGUUCAUUUGAUUAAAGUGAAAAAUCUUCCUUCUAGAGUAUGCGGUUCUAUAAAUUGUUGUGAUCCUUUUGUCAGAAUAUCACUGAUGCCGGACGAGAGAAGAUAUCUUCAAUCGAAACAAAAGAAGAAAACAUGUAAUCCACGAUUCGAAGAAACAUUUAUUUUUCAGAUACCCGUUCGCACAUUAAACGAAAGAGCAAUCAAGUUGACCGUAUACGAUAACGAUCGUGGUAAAAGAUAUAAUGUCAUCGGCCACGUCAUAUAUCCUUUACGUGAAUUAAAUGGAACUACAACUACAGAAACACUAUUAAACUGGAGAGAUUUAGAAAAGGAAGAAGUGGAGGUAAAUUUGUUCCGAUCGAUUAUAUUUUUAUGCAGUCCAAAAGAUAAAUGUUUUUCUGCCUUAUUUUUAAAAUUAGAUUCUUAUGUCAAAGUUACGUUCCUGAAAGACAAUAAAGUUGCUAAAACAAAGAAGACAGUUAUAGCUAAGAAAACUACAGAACCAAAGUAUAAUGAAUCGUUUAAUUUUCGUUUAACACAGAAUUUACUAAAUUCUGUCAGUGUUAUUUUACAAGUAACAGUAGCGGGUGCUCAAAAGGAUAAAAUUUUAGGACGAGUUGUGUUAGGAUCUUAUAUGUUUGCCCGUGGUAAACCUUUGGAUCAUUGGAAUGAAUCAAUGUCCGCUGGUUAUCGCCAAGUACGUCACUGGCAUAAAUUGACGUAAGAAGAUGGAAUCGAAGUAGUAGAAUAAAGAUUGAUUACUCAAGCUUUCACAGUUCUUGUCACGCAUUCAAGGAGCGACUAGUUGUUAACUAGUGUGAAUAAACAUAUUCAACGAUCAAAAAAUACACAGUAUUUUAGUAAUUCCUUUAGGAAUUAUGUAUUUCUAGCAUAUCAUGUAUAUGUAUAUACAUAAA